AUGGAGAGUCCUGAGGCAGACUCCAGAUCACGCAAAGCGGAGCGGGCCUCUGUCCUGGCCGCGCUGCUGAGCCUGCUGUGCGCCGGGGCGCACGGAGCUGCCGUCCUCCCCUGGACCAGCGAGGAAGAACCUUACACCACUUCUCUGCUCAUUGGGAUCCGCAAAGAGGCGCGCUCUCAGGUGCUACAUUUGUCCCGGAACAAGCGCUACACCCUGACCCCAGAGCAGCUCAAGUGGGACAAGUUCAAGAUCACCUACAAACUGCUCUCCUUCCCCACAAACCUCAUCAACGCCAGCGACACCCGCCGGGGCAUCGCCAGGGCGUUUGGCAUGUGGAGCGACGUCUCCCCCUUCACCUUCAGAGAGGUGCCCGCCGACCAAGAAGCCGACAUGAAGAUUGGCUUCUAUCCCGUGAACCACACAGACUGCCUGCAGUCCUACCUCCAUCACUGCUUUGACGGCAUCACCGGAGAGCUGGCACACGCCUUCUUCCCACCCACCGGAGAGAUCCACUUUGACGACCACGAGUACUGGAUCUUAGGAAAUAUGCGUUUCAGUUGGAAGAAAGGAGUGUGGUUGACGGACCUGGUUCAUGUCGCGACUCAUGAGAUUGGACACGCCUUGGGACUCAUGCACUCCAUGGAUCCAAAGUCCAUAAUGCACCUGAACGCCACUUUAACCGGGCGCAAACUCAUCACCCAGGAUGAGGUGUGGGGUCUCCAUCGCCUCUAUGGAUGUCUGGAUCGCUUAUUCAUCUGCAAGGCCUGGGCGCGGAAAGGCUACUGUGAGAGCAAGCGUCGGCUCAUGCAGAAGCACUGCCCCUCCAGCUGUGAUCUGUGUUAUGAGUGUGGCUGGAGGGUUAGAGACACACAAGGUCAUUUUGGAUUUCUGGAGCCGAAACCAGAGGGACAGUACAACACCGCAGAGUCAGGGACAGUACGACGCCGCAGAGUCGGGGUCAGUACGACGCCGCAGAGUCGGGGACAGCACGACGCCGCAGAGUCGGGGACAGUACGACGCCGCAGAGUCGGGGACAGCACGACGCCGCAGAGUCGGGGACAGUACGACGCCGCAGAGUCGGGGACAGCACGACGCCGCAGAGUCGGGGACAGCACGACGCCGCAGAGUCGGGGACAGCACGACGCCGCAGAGUCGGGGACAGCACGACGCCGCAGAGUCGGGGACAGCACGACGCCGCAGAGUCGGGGACAGUACGACGCCGCAGAGUCGGGGACAGCACGACGCCGCAGAGUCGGGGACAGCACGACGCCGCAGAGUCGGGGACAGCACGACGCCGCAGAGUCGGGGACAGCACGACGCCGCAGAGUCGGGGACAGCACGACGCCGCAGAGUCGGGGACAGUACGACGUCGCAGAGUCGGGGACAGCACGACGCCGCAGAGUCGGGGACAGUACGACGCCGCAGAGUCGGGGACAGCACGACGCCGCAGAGUCGGGGACAGCACGACGCCGCAGAGUCGGGGACAGUACGACGCCGCAGAGUCGGGGACAGCACGACGCCGCAGAGUCGGGGACAGCACGACGCCGCAGAGUCGGGGACAGCACGACGCCGCAGAGUCGGGGUCAGUACGACGCCGCAGAGUCGGGGACAGUACGACGCCGCAGAGUCAGGGACAGUACGGGGACAGUACGACGCCGCAGAGUCGGGGACAGCACGACGCCGCAGAGUCGGGGACAGUACGACGCCGCAGAGUCGGGGACAGCACGACGCCGCAGUCAGGGACAGUACGGGGACAGCACGACGCCGCAGAGUCAGGGACAGUACGGGGACAGCACGACGCCGCAGAGUCGGGGACAGCACGACGCCGCAGAGUCGGGGACAGCACGACGCCGCAGAGUCAGGGACAGUACGGGGACAGCACGACGCCGCAGAGUCGGGGACAGCACGACGCCACAGAGUCGGGGACAGCACGACGCCGCAGAGUCAGGGACAGUACGGGGACAGCACGACGCCGCAGUCAGGGACAGUACGGGGACAGUACGACGCCGCAGAGUCGGGGACAGCACGGCGCCGCAGAGUCAGGGACAGUACGGGGACAGUACGGGGACAGUACGACGCCGCAGAGUCAGGGACAGUACGGGGACAGCACGACGCCGCAGAGUCGGGGACAGCACGACGCCGCAGAGUCAGGGACAGUACGGGGACAGUACGACGCCGCAGAGUCGGGGACAGCACGACGCCGCAGUCAGGGACAGUACGGGGACAGCACGACGCCGCAGAGUCGGGGACAGCACGACGCCGCAGUCAGGGACAGUACGGGGACAGCACGACGCCGCAGAGUCGGGGACAGCACGGCGCCGCAGAGUCAGGGACAGUACGGGGACAGUACGACGCCGCAGAGUCGGGGACAGCACGACGCCGCAGAGUCAGGGACAGUACGGGGACAGUACGACGCCGCAGAGUCAGGGACAGUACGGGGACAGCACGACGCCGCAGAGUCGGGGACAGCACGGCGCCGCAGAGUCGGGGACAGCACGACGCCGCAGAGUCGGGGACAGCACGGCGCCGCAGAGUCGGGGACAGCACGACGCCGCAGAGUCGGGGACAGCACGACGCUGCAGAGUCGGGGACAGCACGACGCCGCAGAGUCGGGGACAGCACGACGCCGCAGAGUCGGGGACAGCCAAUCUCGUCACUCCCAUUAUAGAGACAUUUCCUUUCUUUUAA